AUGUCACCGAGAAGGAGGAGGAAAGCGAGAGGGAAGACAGAGGGCAUUGUGGCUUUUGGAUGCUGCUUUGAAGUACGCAUCACGCAACACUGGCAGGGAGAUGAAGGAGGGAAAACCAUGUCCAAAACGCUGAAGAAAAAGAAACAUUGGUCCGCUAAGAUCCAGGAAUGCAGCGUGUCUUGGGGAGGCUCCGUGGGAGAGCUGAUGGCCGUGGUGGAGGUGCGUGGAGGCGCGGAGCUCGGCCAGUUCCCCUACGUGGGACAUGUGGUGAGUGAGGCGAUGGUGAUCCACGGUGGCCGCUUGCCCAGCCCCGGGGACGUGCUGCUGGAGGUGAACGGGACCCCUGUGAGCGGGCUGACCAACCGGGACUCCCUGGCGGUGGUGCGACACUUCAGAGAGCCCAUCCGACUCAAGACCGUAAAACCAGGUGUGUAA